AGCUGGCAUUGAAUGACAGUCACUGGGAGAGAGAGGGAGAGAGAGGCAUCUACACUGUGCGACGCAACGAUCGAUACGAGAGACUACACCGGAGUUAACCAACGUGCGCUAGUAGACCCUUGUCCACAUCAACUCGUCACCAUGGGGAUAUCACCGUCCAGUCUUCUGGAUGAAAGUAAAUCCAACUACAUAAGAGGUUGUGCGGAGGCAGAGCUGAAGGAGUUCAGUCCCCACUACAGGAGACAGUACUCUGUGGUCUUCUUCUCCCAAGUCCAGGAUGAGCUGGAGCAACAGAAAGAGAAAAUAAAACAGCUCCUCAAACAAAGGGGUCCUCCGAAGGCAGGGGAGGUGCUGUAUGAGGAACAGGUCCUCCAUUUUGAUUAUACCCGGAAGUGGAAGGAGAGAUACAUGGUGGUUCGCGCCAACUACUGCCUGGAGUGUCACGACAGCUUUGAGACCUUUGUGAAGGGCGUGCCCCCGCUCCACAAGCUGCUACCAACAGGAGGCACUGUGCUCACCACAGAGGAGAAGUACAUGGCCAUGGUGGACCAAUGCUUCCCUGUUUCUGAAACCAACAAUGUGAAGGAGGAGUUUGCCCCUCCUACAAUCGGCAUGCCUGGACAGUUCCCUGUGUACCUCAGGCUUCCGUACCGUAGAGAUUACUACUUCUGCUUCCGACAGGAGGCUCGUCAAGAUGCUUUCCUCUCCAUCCUCUCUGACUGCAUCCGUCACCAGAACCAAGACUUCCUAAAGAAGAAGACGGUUGAGGUGCAGGCCUUCCUCAAGGCGGUCCACCUCUACAGACAAGAGAAGGGCCGUUAUGACUCCUGGAACAUGCUGAUUGGCAGUGAUGUCAGGGUACUUGCCAACUUGGUUAUGGAGGAGCUGUUGCCGUCUCUGGAGAAGGAUAUGCUGCCUCAUCUGAAAGCCAAGAAGACAGAGAGGAAGAGAGUGUGGUUCGCUACAAUAGAAGCAGCUUAUAUCCUGGUGCAGGAGUGUCUGUUGGAGGGGCUGUCUGUUCUGAAGGAGGAGUGUAGGACGGCAGCUUGCCAGCAGGAGGUGCUGAUACGUUCUGAUAUGGACUUGAUCCUUCACUCUAGAACCUACCUGGAGGGAAAGCUUCGAGCCAGUGUAUCAGAGCCAGCAGAGAAGUUCUGUUCGGAGGGCGUGCAGCCCUACCUGGCCUCCAUACUGGAGGAGCUCAUGGGACCAAUCAGCUCAGGGUUCCAGGAGGCACGGCUCCUAAGUGACAACCAGAUGGACCAACUGUGUCAGGACUUCCAGGAGGGCGGUGUUACCGACAAACUCAAGCAGGCCCUGGCUAAGCUGAGUAAGCCCAACCUGUUGAGUUGUUACCAGAGGAUCAACUCUCUCCACGACCAGCAGCAUGACCUGCAGGAACGUUUUGGCUUCUCCAACAUCAGCAAUCUGGUCCACAGCACCCAGAUAGACCUGCAGCAGCUGAUUGAAAACGCAGCGUACUCGUUUGAGCUGCUACUCUACAAGGCCAAAGAAAACAGCACAGACAAUGUAGGCUCUGCCAUGGAGAAGUCCAGGCACAUGGUGCUCAAGCAAUAUGAUUACGACAGCAGCACGGUGAGGAAGAGGAUCUUUCAGGAGGCCUUGGUGGGGAUCACUCUACCUCACAUUAAGAAGAACCUGGCCCCAACCUGCAAAUCAGAUCUGCAGGGUCUUGAACAGUUCAUUGAUGCAGACUAUUCCAACUUCGUCCAUGUGGAGAAUAUCUAUGAAGACAUUCUGCUGCAGAGUCUGGGCAAGGAAGUCAGCAAAGUGGUGAAGGACGCAGCCAGCCUAAAGAAACACAACCUGUUCACAGACAGCAGGGACCCCCUGAGCCAGACCAGCCGCUCCAGUCUCCUCUCCAUCCCAUCCACCCCCAGCAGCCCAGCCAGGGUGCCGUUCUCCCCCACACAUCUCCAGACCUCUACCUUUAUCCAGACCCAGCCACAGGCUGAGGUACCAGCACCAGCCCAGCCUGUCUCUCCUGACCUGAGCAACGGUCUGGCGCUCGUUGGGGGUGCACAGGGGGACCCCCCAAGUGCCGUGUUGAAGGCAGAGCAGAACAAGGUGGAGGCGGUGUCAGGGGCCACAGUAGAGAUUGAGGCCCUGGGGGCCAGUAUUGCACCUGCUGUUGCAGCUCCAGUGGAGAAGCUAGUCAAGGUGGAGAACACAGUCAGUACACAUGAGACAACUGUAGUGGCUGAGACAAAAACAGAGGACAUGUCUGAACCAACUGAGACAGCUCAAGUGGAUACCCCUGUCCUAACUGAGACAGAGAAAAUGCCCACCCCUGGAGAUGCUGUGGAGGUGGAGAAGACAGUAGUAACAGGCGUACUAACUACAGUAGCACAAAGCGAAGCCCCUUCUCCCAGUCCGGUCCCUGACCCUGUCCCUGUUUGUGUUGUCAAGCCUGUAGCUGUCAUUGACCUUAUAGCUGUUGAAGACUCAGUAGCAGAGCACAUGGCUUCACUCACAAUCAUCACUACUGAGACAGCGGCUGAGACAGAGGCUGAGAGUGAAAGCGGUCCUCCUAACAGUGACCCAGUAGCGGCCUCUAGUGGUGAGCAGCCUGUAACUGCGCCACCAGCAGACGCCAGCCUUGCUGCAGCAGCAGAGACCAAGGAUGUGCCAGCCUCAUCCUCCGCUAUCCCAGAUGAUGGGGAUGAUACAGAGAGCGAGUCUGCCCCCUCCGACAUCGGGAUCCCUGGUGAUGAUGAUGUCACGAGAGCAGCAGCCCCCACUGAUAAGGUCAAAGUGUCACAGAGCAAUGGAGUGGAGUGUAGCAUUUCUGUGACCUCUAAUCUUGCAGUAGAGGUCAGCGUGAGUGAAACACCAGUCGGUAUCGCCACCAAGCCCCCUGUAGAAGUAUCAGAGGGUAACCCCGUUCCCCCUAGCGACGCCCCGGUCUCUGAAGCAACAGGAGGCGUUAACGGAGAAGCUAGCGUUGAAGUCACUGCUGGUGCUUAUUCCACCGUAGCAUCAGCAACCAAUUUGAAUGUAGUCCCUCCACAGCCCCAGCCAGACUCCCAGGCCACCCUCGCUGCUGAACCCACCGAAGAAGCCCUCCAGGCUGUGGAGCCCACUGAGCCUGCUCCCCGGGCCGUGGACUGUGUGAAAGAGAUCCGGGACCUGGUGGUGGCGGUGUUUGAAGUGGAGGAGGUAAUCCAGCGCUACCCAGGUAGUGAUAACAUAUGAGGGAGGGGUGGCCAGUGAGGUGCCUGAUAUCACACAGAGAAUAAAUGAAGACAAGGACCCUAUUCUUUAAAUCACUGCAAUUGUGAGGAGUAUGAAAAUGUUAGACUAUAACCUCGCCGUUGUCGUUACCCUCACCAUCAAGUACAAACAUUGAACUGUUGCACAAGCAUAAAACUGCACGCUUCCAUAACAUCUCAGUGGUAAAAUAUGAAUAUAUACAAUUGUGUUUAUGAGAAGAUUAAUGUAGUGAGAUAUGGGCAUAAAUAGAAUAUCAUGUUAGGGACCAAGAAAAAGCCAAUCAAAUUGACUAUUGCAAUUGUGUGUAACUAUCUCCACUUGUCAUUGUGUUUAAAAAAAUAAAUAUCUUCUAUGUCCCUACAUAUGAAUAUGCAUAGAUUCAAGAUGAUUCAGUCACCGUUUAUGUUAUAUUUUAAAGUCAACAGCACUGCCAUAUAUUGAAUGGGUCUGAGUAACAAUGGGAGGGUUCUACAUAUGGAGGAAGAUGUUCUAUUCUGUGUGCUUUGACUUGAAGGAUUUUUCUCAUCAGUUAAUAUAGAGGGUUAUGCAUGCUCAUACUCAAUCACCAGCUAGUCCACCAAGAUACCACUAAAUGAGGUUAUACAGUUCUUUCCUCGUGUCUACUGCAUGCUCAUACUCAAUCACCAGCUAGUCCACCAAGAUACAACUAGAUGAGGUUCUAUGGUUCUUUCCUCGUGUCUACUGCAUGCUCAUACUCAAUCACCAGCUAGUCCACCAAGAUACCACUAGAUGAGGUUCUACGGUUCUUUCCUCAUGUCUACUGCAUGCUCAUACUCAAUCACCAGCUAGUCCACCAAGAUACCACUAGAUGAGGUUCUACGGUUCUUUCCUCGUGUCUACUGCAUGCUCAUUCUCAAUCACCAGCUAGUCCACCAAGAUACCACUAGAUGAGGUUCUACGGUUCUUUCCUCGUGUCUACUGCAUGCUCAUACUCAAUCACCAGCUAGUCCACCAAGAUACCACUAGAUGAGGUUCUACGGUUCUUUCCUCGUGUCUACUGCAUGCUCAUACUCAAUCACCAGCUAGUCCACCAAGAUACCACUAGAUGAGGUUCUACGGUUCUUUCCUCGUGUCUACUGCCUUGUUUCCAUGAAGAAUGAUUACCACCUAUUUCCAAUAGACGUGGUUGCUAUGGAGACUGGUCCAGUGACUUUAUUCCUGAAUGACUAAUAGCCGUGUUGAAACAGUGCCUGUGCUCUCAUACAUGACAUGUUACACAGUCAUUUUGUGAAGGGGCUAUGCGGACUUGUGUAUGUAUAUUCAAGUCUGAAAAAUGUACUGUAAAAUAAAGUAUGAAGUCUACAAAAACAA